CGUACCGUGUUCGCGCUUCCGGCUCAACCGCCCAGAGAUUUGGUGUGUCUCAGCCUUGCUGUGAAUGCUACCCUGCCUACUGCCUACCAGGUUAAGUUGCUCCGUACGGAUCCGUACGAGGGAUCCAACCAAGGAUAUUCGUCAGCUGCCGACUUUCUCACAAGUUGACGUUGGCUGACUUUGGGCUCGCCUCCUUUUGCCAACAUCAUUCAAGUCCUUGUUACAAGAGCUCAGGUUAGAUGAUUUCGAUACCUACCCUACAGCAGGCUAUCUUCCGGCGAUCGACGCCAAACCCGCAUCUCCAUGCAGCGGCCAGGGACCCCUAAUAACCCCGGUCGACGCCUUCCGAACUCUUCGCCCGCCCAUAAUCACAAUCUCAGCGAUGGCUCCGCGUACCAGACGGCCCUGAGGGGCGCCUCCCUUGCCUUCCAGAGGACUGGCCCAUCGCCAAGUGCAAGUCCCAAUGCACUUGCGAAUGCUUCCAAGAACAAUGGCGCAUUGCUCGCAGCUACCCGGAUAAGCCGUCAGGCGACCGGCAACAGCGUGUAUGAUGGAAGCCACAGCCAUGCUCAUGGCACGCCAAUUGAUCAUGGCUCUGUCAGCCAACGGCUCGUCCAGCUCCAGCCUGGGAGUCCGCAAGACAACAACGCUUUGCUUAAACCGCUCGGCCGGCCUAAUAUGAAUAUGGCAAACGACCCUCGGACAACCUCGUUCAUAGCUGCGACUCUUGCGGCCAGUCGUUCUGCAAGUCCGAGUCCGAGUCAGCUGCCACAUGUGCACCUAUACGGCCAGCAGAAGGCCACGAAACCGAGACGGAAGAACAGCGCCGCAAGCUCGGUGACGAGCCUGGAUUUGGCAACAGACACGAGGCCCAUUCCGCCGACGAAUGCUCUGAUCUCCAUGUUCGAGAAGAGUCCCGACGCCAAUCGCAGCAGCAACACUAAAGAUCCUGUCAAAAAGGCGCCCAAGCUAUUGCGACCUUUCACCCCGCCUAGAGCUACAAGUCCCAGGAAACCAGAAUCAUCUCCCUCGAGAUUGACGAACGCGGUAUUUUGCGAGCAAACGGCAUCACCCUCAGCAUCUGCCUUGGAUCUCAAGAAGGAUGCAUCGCAGCAGAGCCGUGCCGUGAAUCCGGAGUCAAAGAAGAGGCCGCCCGCACCGCCAACGGCCACGGGGCCACGGGUAGAGACAAGCUCAACAGUAGAGCCUAUGAAGAUUACAGGGAAGAAAGUACUUAAAUCUCGUGCUAUCACGCCGCCUCGACCCAUUAGCACAUCAUCCACAGUCAUCCUUUCGCCGCAGCCUCGGAGGGCAGCAUCGCAUAAGAUGGUACGGCCCCAGGCGUUGCCGGAGAAGAGUACUGAAAGGCCACGCGAAAAGCCGCCGCCCCCAGCACUCAAGCCGAAACCAAGAUCAAGGCCUCAAUCCAUGCAUGAGCCGCAGAAGCCGUUCAUAGCAUCCCCGGCUGAAUCGAAAGCAGCACCUCGGGAGCAAUCACGCAGGCCGUCGACUGCAUCUUCUGUUGACACUUUCGUAUCUGCAUCCUCAGUACAGACUGUACAUCACUCCCCUGAAAGAGGCCGCUCACCUCCUAAACCAACCCCAGCGUCACCUCCUAAGCUACCCCGUAGGACACGGCCAACUUCAGCGCAAAGCAUGCCUCCUGAGCAGAACCCAAUGCGAAGAAACCCUGUACCGCCACCACCGCGUCGUGCGGCGCACCGCGCCUCCAACUUGGAGCUGAAAUCAUUGACUGCUGCGACUAUGGCCGGUAUCCUUGCGUCUUCUCGCGCUCCACCAUCCAACAGCGUCUCGUCAUCCCCAAGGCCUCCUUCUCUUCCACCACCUAGGAAGCGUACACCACACAUGCGCCAAACGCUGAGAAAACCGCCCUCGAGCUCGGAUGACGAGGAAAGUAAGUGGAAGGCACGCCACAAGACCAAACCGCUUCAGAGCAAAAAGAAGCAUACCCACCACGAGGGCUCGCGUCGGCGCUGGCGCGAGGAGAUCACACCCAGGGAGAGAAAACGCUAUGAGGGCCUUUGGGCGAGCAAUCGAGGAUAUCUCCUAACUGCCGAGAUGGAUGCUUCAGGCAUGGGCGAAACGCCACCCCGGACUACUCCCAGUCCGGGGACAAGCGAUGGUGAUGUUGUUGUCAAUGUCGUUGUAAGGGACAUAUGGUCACGAAGCAGACUGCCUAUGGACGAGCUGAUGGAGGUUUGGGACCUGGUAGAUCGGACCGGAAGAGGUUCUCUGGACAAGACCGAGUUCGUCGUCGGCAUGUGGCUUAUUGAUCAGAGACUUCGCGGAAGGAAAAUACCUGCCAAGGUCAUGGAUAGCGUAUGGGCGAGUGCUAGGGGAGUCUCGGUGAAGGGCCCGCCAAAAGAAAAGAAUAAGGUCAAGCAUAGGCAUUGAAGGCUCGUUUGACUGAGCAGUGUCAGAGGCAGGAAUGAGAAGUUUUUAGCGAUUACGUUAUGUAUGGAGGAGGAAAUACCAUCGGAUGAACGGUCAUCCGGAUCAGUGUUUGCAAAGAUACCAAUUGAAUCAUUUUUGCUCUUGA